UACGUUUUCGCCACUCGAUUAACAGAAUUGCUGACUUUGAAGGGACGAAGUGCAUCACCUUUUCGAAAUUAUGCACCGUUAAAUUAACGAACGUCCCUGCACAAUGAUGUUUUUAGAUCAAUGGCGCGUCGCGACGUCGCAGUCGAUCCUGCAUCCCAAGGUGUGUCAGACGCAGCAUCUCAGCUCCCGGUUAACUUAACCCUACCAGUAGCUACCCCUAUCCGCUAUAAACUCGUUUAACGCGAUGUACUGCAUUUGAAUCUGACGAUCGCUCUGAACGUUUUGUGCUGGGUUUAAUUACUAUCUCGAUGGUGAAUGUCUGUGAUUUUGACUGUAUGGUGGAGUGAAACGGCGGCGGUUACGGGGAGCAACACGGCGUCUAUAUGAAGAAAAAUUUCAAGUUUAAAUUUACAUGACAAUACCUCUAAUGGUAAACGAACAUGUCGACAACGGAAACACCCUUAGAAGUGCCACUUUCGACGAUAGCCACGUUAACAGUUCCUCCGGAAAAUUAUAGGUUCGUUCCCGGAUCCACCGUAGUUUUGAAUGGUACGUCCGCCAGCUUUAUCAAUAAUACCCUAUCCACCUUGAAGUCGCCAAGUUUUAAUGGGACGGGGUACUAUAUCGACGAUGAAGUGGAGCAAGGUCUUUCGGAGUUUCAAACCCUUAUACUGGCGUGUCUAGCAACCUUUAUACCUUUGAUCAUCUCCCUUUUCGCCGGAUUCGGAAUAAGAAUACUCUGGAAGAAAUAUAGAAGAUUCAGAGAGUGCAAUAAUUACGAUGGUGACAUUCUCCAGAGAGAGGAGAGUUCAGAACCUAGACCCCUAUGCUCCCAUCUCCUCAAUAGUGAUCAAUUAAAAUGUACAGAAACGAGAUUAUCAAUACCGGGUGGCGACAUGGAAAUUUGCGAUGGUAUAACGACGGUCACCAAUGGCAUCAAGAGCACUAGUCACUCAAGCACGAACGGCAGCAUCAUCACGAUGACCCUUAAAAAUAAUCACCUCAUCGUCGAAACGGAAGAACGAAACGAUAUCCAAGAGGACAGUAGAGAAACGACGAUGAAGUACUCGCCGAGCGCUCGGAACGGGGUUUUCGUGGUCGAAGUGCAACAAGGCAGCAAGAAGAGUCCUAGCGCAGCCAUCGAUCCCGGCCUCGUGGUCUCCGUAAGUGACCAGUGCGCGCUUAUUCACAAUCCCCCGGACCGCUUUAGGUACAGUGAAGAGGAAAUUGUAGAGGAAUGCGACUAUCCCGACACGAUACCCAGCAGGGACACCGCCAGUUCCUUACAUAUCUUAAUACAAACGGGACUGACUCAGUCGAAUUCCAGUUUGGCGUCGUCCACAGUCCAGGCGUACCGGUACGGUAAUCAGGAGGGUUACGAGACGGGGAAUUACGGUUAUCAAACGUGCAACGGGUGCCACUACAAUCCGCCGUUGCCGAAAGCGGAGUCGAAGAGUAAGCCGAAGAUAAUAUCGGAAAUUUUCAAGAGCUCGAGGAGCGAGUCGAAGUGCGGUUCGGAUCCGUAUCCGGACGGACCUUUGCUUUCCGACAUUCAACUGAAGGAAUCUGCGAGCAUCGCGCAUAAGGGAGAGAGCAUCGAUGGGGAUGAUGUUAAGGUUGUCAGUGCAUAGAUAUUGAGAAAUAGCAUCAUAUGGGUUCCAUCCAGGACUACCUUCGCCACGACCACGACCAUUGCAAGUACACCUGCAUCAAUUGCGAGAUAUUUCGUUAAGGACGUUCACCCAUCGCGCA